CUCUCUCUCUCUCUCUCUCGUAAAAUCUAGGAUCUUUCCUUUCUCGUCUGUCCCUGCUGACUCAGGGUAUGACAUUGGCAGCCAUGGUGACAAAGCUUAUGCGUGCGGUUCAGUACAACAGCUAUGGUGGGGGAGCUUCUGGUUUAAAGCAUGUAGAGGUUCCAGUGCCCACUCCAAAGAAAGGUGAGAUCUUGCUGAAAUUGGAAGCAGCUACUAUAAACCCGGUUGAUUGGAGAAUUCAGAAAGGCAAGAUGCGGCCUUUUUUUCCACCCAAAUUCCCUCAUAUACCUGCUACUGAUGUUGCUGGAGAGGUUGUAGAAGUUGCAAAAGGGGUCCAAAAGUUCAAACCGGGCGACAAAGUUGUGGCAUAUCUGUUGUGAAAUUAUUGCAAGCGCACAAUUCGUACAAGUAAUAUAGAAAUAAGUAGAGUGUCGUUCCCACGAAGACUGUAAUUUCCUAUUAACUACCAAUUAUGAUUAAUUUAGAAGUUUAUUUGAACAGUUAA